CUCAUUUUAAGACCAGAGUUAUGUUCCAAGGUUGCCCCCCGGCCCCUACUUGUGUGAGCUGAGGACAAUUAUUCUCUUUUGCACAUUUAUGCUUUGGCUACUUAUUUAAUUCCAUUUCUUGUAAUAGAACUUCUCUAUUUAUUUGUGUAUAAUUCUCCUUCCUUUUUUCCAUCCUCAAAACUCAAACGAGUUAAUGUAGUGUCCCUUUUCCCAUACACAACCUGAUUUGUUUAACAAUAGCCGACGUUGACCGGAGGAUGAUGGGUCAAACCCCCGCUCACGUAGCCGGCCUCCGUCGUCUCUCUGCCAGAGCCGCCACUUCAUCCCGGAACAGCCUUCCCUCACUUUCUUCUCUCGCCGGAGAUGUCAUUGCACAACUCAAGAGCUCCGGCGUACGUGUGGAGCCCGGUCUGUCGGCCGCCGAGUUCGCCCGGGCAGAAACCGAGUUCGGGUUCCGAUUUCCUCCCGACCUCAGAGCAAUCCUCUCCGCCGGCUUACCGCGCGCCUACGGCUUCCCAGACUGGCGCUCGUCCGGCGCCGCGCGCCUCCUCCUCCGCGCGUCCCUCGAACUUCCACUCGCCGCCGUAGAGAGGGCAUCCCCGCAGUCCAAGUCGUGGGGCCCGCGACCUUCUAACCCGAAAAAGGCGGCCCCGGUUCUCGUACCCGUUUUCCACGGGUGUUACAUCCCGUGCGAUCCUUGUUUGGCGGGAAACCCGCUCUUCUACGUGGACGAGAACCGGAUUUUCUGUUGCGGGUCUGAUCUCUUAGACUUCUUCAGUCGCAAGCCAUCUGACCCGCACAGACAAUUUUCGAUUCUCAACACAUCGCGGCUUCUGCCGCGAUGGAUUGAGUUCUGGAGCGACGCAGCGAGUCAAGUAAUAACACAUUUUGGUCCAAGAAAGAAUGCUUUAUACUCUGACGAGGGUACUGAGAGAAUGCCAGAGUGGGUGGAGAAGUACUUGGGGAAAAUUGGGUCGGCGUUGAAACGAGGGGGGUGGGACGAGCUGGAAGUGUCGGAGAUGGUGGACGUGUCGCCUUCGGGGUUCGUGGUCGGAGAAAGGGCGGAGUUAUAUUAUGACCGGCGGGCGGUUAUGGAGGCGCUUCUGGCGAAAGCGCUUCGGUUAUCGGAUUUCCUUCGGAGUGGGGGAUGGAGCAGCAAGGAAGUGUCAAGCGCAUUCGGGUUUGAUGUUCGGGCGCACAAGUGCUCGACCAAGAAACUGAGUGAUCGAGUAGCUAAGUAUGUAUAGUCCUUCCAUAUAUGGAUCCUAGCUCUUUUUUUCUCGCAUUGGGGUUAAUAAGUUGAAAGCAAGAAAAUUAAGUUCAUAUU